CCCAAAAAAACUCAUCCCCAACGACGACGGCGAGCCAUGUCCGCCGCAUCCGCGUCUUCGCCCCAGCCGCCGGAGUCCAUCCGCGGGACCCUCAUCCCCGUUCUGCCCGACGACCUGGCCAUCCAGUGCAUCGCGCUCCUCCCGCGCGCCGCGCACCCAACGCUCGCCCUCGUCUCCCGCGCCCUGCACGCGCUCCUCUGCCUCCACCCGGAGCCCCUCCUCGCCGCCCGGCGCCGCCUCUGCCGCUCCGACCCGCACAUCGUCAUCUCGGUCCGGCCGCCCUACUCCGCGUCCCCUCGCUUCUUCCUGCUGCUGCCGCAUCCCGGGUGGCCCCCUCUGCCCCUCCCCUCCCCCCCGAUCCCCGUCUCCUCCUCCUCCGCGGUCGCCGUCAACGGGCAUCGGCUCUACCUCGUCGGCGGAUCCGUGGCCGGGGUACCCGCUUCGUCGGUGCAAAUCCUCGACAGCCGCACCAGAUCCUGGUCCAUCGGCCCGCGCCUCUCCUCCCCGCGGGAGUUCGCUGCCGCCGCGGUCCUCCCCGGCGUGCUAUUCGUCGCCGGGGGCUGCGUUCCGUCCUCUUCCUUCUGGGCCGAGGCUCUGGACCUUGCCUCCCCACGCGCCAAGUGGUCCCCGGUGCCCAGCCCGGACCACCUCCGGGAGAAGUGGAUGCACGGCUGCGUGUCGCUCUCCGGGAAGGUCCUUGCGGUGGCCGACCGCGGCGGCUUGGUCUACAACCCGGCGGCGCCACGUGAUGAGGCGUGGGCGCCGGUCUCUCCGGUCCUUGACAUGGGGUGGAAGGGCCGUGCUGCUGUGGUCGGUGGAAUCCUCUACUCCUACGAUUACAUGGGACAGGUCAAGGGCUAUGAUACAGACACUGAUUCCUGGAACACGGUGGAAGGGUUGGAGAAGGAGCUGCCGAGGUUCCUGUGUGGUGCCACUCUUGCCAAUGUCGGCGGACUGCUCUACCUGAUCUGGGAAGGGAAGUGGAAAGGGAAAGCUAGUAAGGGAGAGGGCAAAGUGAAGGACAUGUUGGUGAUUGAAUGGGCUACCAUCGAGGUGACGAGGGCCGAAGAGGGGCGGUUAAUUGGGAAGGUAAUAUCGAGGGAUACUGUUGUGUUCACAGACAUGCCGAGGGGCUCUGCGAUCACACACUGCAUUUCGUUGGAUCUAUGACAUGGUUGCUGCAGAUGGGAAGCAAGGAGCAUGCCUGUUUCAAAAGAUUCUGUGUUGGUUGAGACUGAAAAGCUCGGUGCUGUGUGCAGUACAGCAUGACAUAUGUGAGGAAUGCUUCACUAGAGUUGCUUGCAGGGAAACAAAGCAAUAAUAACAGACCUGUCUGGAUGGUACCAUGAAUCAAGAUGAGCUUGAUUCAGCCCACCUGAUUGUGGGUUAGGUCCUUUUUCCUCGAGAGGCAGGAAGCAAGAACUACUCAACAGGAGGUCUGCAUUGUGAUUCCUCGGUCUUUCCCUCUGGCUAGAUGUGUUUCUCCGGCAAAAUAGUGCACAUAAAUGAAGUGAAACAAGGCAAGCAGACUGGUAUGUCCGAAGGCUGUAUACGCUGGGCCUGUCAUACAAGCAAGGAAGAACUGUUGCUGUGUUGUUUUCUUCAUGGGCAGCGUGAAGAAGAAUACACUAAAGAAAGUAAAGCAUGAAGAAGAUUUUGGUAAGAAAAAUAGUAAGCGAGUGUUUGGCCAGUUGGAUAGCGGUAAUGCAGAUCAAGGAAAAAAAAUGCACUACAGCAAAAAUAGCUCCCACGUCAAAAUACGCUAUUAGCGUGCUAUUAACGAGACAUUGUACAUCGAUAUAUUUAGCGAGACAAUUCUCAGCACGUUAUAGCGUGCUAUUAGUGAUGCUAUAGCGCGCUAUUUUUUUCA